CAUUUUUAAAGAAAGUAUAAAAAGGUAGAUCUAAAUAUAUUUUUCAGCAAUAUAGCCUUAAGGUAAUUUUAUUUACAGAAAAAAUCAUUUAAGACUUCAUUUUGAGCAGAUUCGCUAUCAGUGAUUUUGUAGUACAGGCAGAAAAUUAAGAUGUUUUCUUUGGCUUUUCCAGUUUGGUCCUCUGUGUUUGCCAUUUUUUUUAAUAUGCAUUAAGAAAAAUAUUUUGGUAAAUAAGUUAAUGAGCUUUUUUACGGGUUAUUUACAUCUUAGAUCUGUCUUCCAAUUGUUUUUUAAAUUUCCUCAACAGAAUGGAGUUGAAUUAAAUAUAUUUAUUUAUUAUUUAAAUUUAUUGAUUGACUUCUUAUUUGUUAUUGUUUAUAUGGUGACUUUGUUUUUUUUUUCUUUUAAUAUAUAUAUAUAUAUAUUGUUAUUUUAUUGUCUAAACUUAACUUUAUAAAAGCAACUUUGCUCUUGGUAUGGUGUACUCAAUUUAAAACUAUUUUACGUAACUGUAUAAAAGAGUCGUGAAUCCCCGUAAACACCCUCACAGCUCUUCUUUCCAGGCCCGGUUGACCUCACGCUGAACCCAGGCGGAACUAAUGGUCAACGGAGCUCUGUGGGUCACCACCACAACAGCUUCGGUUACACAGCCUUUCAGUCCCGUUCUAAAAUCGCUCCCAAUGCUCGCUUCUCAUUGGUCGGGAGGUGCGCGCGAGAGUCCUCGCGCACCUCCUGAUUGGUCGGUCGGCCCUUUCGUUGAGCGGUUGUCUUCACAGCAGCGGCGGCAGCAGAACCUGCGCGUCCAAUGUCAUCCGGCACCAGAAAGGAUGGAUUUGGCUGCGAAGUCGGUAAACGUAGACGCCGGGGGCCCACGAUGAUACUGUACUCGCCCAAGUUGGGUGGCGAGUCGCCCCAUGGCUGACACUCUCAUCUGUUCAACCCCUUUCCUUCAACCUCCCACAUUCAGCUCCUCUUCCCUCCUCUUAACCAUGUGGCCUAUUUAUACUCUGGAGACUCAAAAGAGUCCAUUUAAGCUUCUGCAGACAACAGUUGACAUGAAUCCAGUAACACGUGUUCCUCGCGCCCCUCUUUUUCUAUAGCAACUAAGGAAAUUCAGAGCUUUGCAUUGUGGAAACUCACAACAUUUAACAAGACUGGGAUUGAAAUGGAGUUUUGAUCGCAGCUCCUCAUCAGAGCGUUUGGGAUAAAUCAUGUGGACCGACUCCUGGACUGGAGGUUUAGUUCUUUUUAGCUCCAACACAGAGAAAACUUGUUGUUGAUCAGUCUUUUUUAAUAGCUAAUAUUUGGGGAUGAGAAGAAGUAUGGAUGGAUUUGCUUUGUUAAUGGCGCUCACAUCUGAAGGAUGACUGCCGUCUGCCCCUCUGAAAGCACCCCGGAGGGGGCUGAGGCUGGGGCAGGAGGAGCAGACGCCGCUCGGGACAGCUCGGUUUCCGCCGGUGAUUCUGGAGAGUCCAGUCGAGAUCCUCUCGGAGGUUCUGUCGGAGGCACGGUGCUGAGUACUAGCAGCCAACGCUACAGCCGCUGGAGCCGCCAGGACAGCUCCGACAUCAACACCGAUGAUGAGGGAGCCACUGUGCGGCGUCUCACUCCACUGGAGAGGCUGAACCUGGACAUGUGUCAGGAUGACAGGGUGGUGCGGGAGCUGGCUGUCGGGAGGAGAAUUGCCUUCUACAAGAUUCGAGGAGAGAUCGGCUGUGGAAAUUUCUCCCACGUCAAACUAGGAAUUCAUGCUCUCACUAAAGACAAAGUGGCCAUUAAGAUAUUAGACAAAACCAAACUGGAUCAAAAGACUCAGAGGCUUCUGUCCAGAGAGAUCUCCAGCAUGGAGAAACUACACCACCCCAACAUCAUUCGCCUCUACGAGGUGGUGGAGACUCUGUCCCGGUUACACUUAGUGAUGGAGUAUGCAGGUGGAGGAGAACUCUACACCAAAAUUACUACAGAAGGAAAACUUUCUGACUCUGACUGCAAGAUUGUCUUUGCUCAGAUCAUCUCUGCUGUUAAACACAUGCAUGAAAACAACAUAAUCCAUCGAGACUUGAAGGCAGAAAAUAUCUUCUACACCAGCAGCUCUUGUGUCAAGGUCGGGGAUUUUGGAUUUAGCACUCUGAGCCGCCGUGAUGAGACCCUCAAUACAUUCUGUGGCUCUCCGCCUUAUGCUGCUCCAGAACUCUUUCGGGAUGAGCAUUAUAUUGGGGCCUUUGUCGACAUCUGGGCCCUUGGGGUAUUGCUGUUCUUCAUGGUGACGGGCACCAUGCCAUUCAGGGCAGAAACCGUGGCCAAACUAAAGAGGUGCAUCAUGGAUGGGGCUUACAUUAUGCCCACUUGGGUAUCAGAGGGAUGCCAGAGGUUGAUCAGGGGAAUCCUCCAGCCCAUUCCAUCUGACCGCUGUACUGUGGAACAGAUGAUGAGCUGCGAGUGGCUGCUCCCUGUGGACUUUCCGCGUCCUUUAGAUCAAUUCAACCUAGAUCCAACCCAUCUAGCAGAGACUGAUCCAUCCGAAUUGCGGGAGGAGGAGCUGGAGAUAAAGGCAGCGCUAGACGCUUUGGGAAUCACGUCAGAGCACAUUCUGAACAACCAGGGAAAAGACUGCAGAAGUUCCAUCACAGGGGUUUACAGGAUCCUGCUGCACCGCUUUCACAGGAGACGCGCGGCUGACAGCGUGCCUGCUGUCACACAGAAAGUAGCACCAACUCCAGCCAGUAAAAAAGAAAGACUGAAGGUGUACAGAAGUUUACGGCACACAUCAAAACUCUGUAUAAUUCUGUGACAACUAUGUAGCACGUUAUUCCUGCAGUUCAUUGACUUGACAAAAUAGCACAGCUAUUUUAAAAAAGUAAAAAAGUGCUUCUAUUGUCAGUUAUAAAUUGACUUAGUGAGUCUUAAACCACAUUCACCGCCUAAAACUUAGUAUUUCUGAUGCUAGUAUAUGCUACUGAUAUUUUUUUAAUCCUAAAUGUACUGUAUUUAGAUAAACAAGGUGAUAGCAUACACGAAGCUUAAUUUAAUUCUGACUGACAGUUAUUUGUCCCCAGGUUUGCUGUUAUAACAAGAAAUAGUCCAAGUAGAAAUUCUUAAUUUAUAAUUUCAGCAUAAAGUGUAGGACAAAAUUAACUUGCAGUUUAUGUGCAGAAUGUGAGUUUUUAUUAUUUACUUGCAAUUUUCCAAUAUGCCUUAGUUUUGUAUACAUUAUGUUCAUGAAUCUUUGUGGGACUACAAGGUUAGACUUCAAACUUUUAUGUCAUGGAAAAUGUCUUAAAGAUGUUUCUAACAAUGACUUUGGUUUGCUUUGUUCUCACUAUGUUAUUGGCAUUGCAAGCCUAAUUAGUGAAACUAUUUGUAGUAAACUACCAGCAAACAGAUUUCUUAAUUUAUGAGACAGGGUAUUUUUUUUCUUAUCCCAACAUUUCAUGUUUUUGAAUAAUCAUUGACAUUUACAUGCUAAUGUACUGACUGAAAUAAAUGAAGAAAAAAAAACGUA